AGUUUGGUAGAAGUCCUAUAUGAAGAAUUAAAAAUAAAGCUUGCUAUUCCAGAUGAUAUUGAAGAAAGGAAUCACAAUGAUGAUGAUGACAAUACUAAUGACUUUUUUCACGAGUUGGAGGCAAAUUUUUCACAAACCGAUAUAGAAGAGA